GAUACGUAAACAAAUGGUAGCUCAGCUGUGAUCAUGAACGUAGAUAGGUUGGUUGAAGACCAUACAUCGGCAGAAGGGAAGGAUAUCAUCGAGAAUUACAUUAAGGAUUCGCGCUUAAACAAGAAUCAGCUAGAUGCGACGCCAAAGCAGCACAUCCACGUCAGCAAGAAAUACACGGAGGCGUUCCGGAGAUCGCUCGAAGAACCGGAGGAGUUCUGGUCGGAAGUGGGCCGCUGCGUAACCUGGUCCAAGCCCUGGGUCAAAGUCCUCGACAACUCUGAAAAGCCCUUCACGAAAUGGUUCGUCGGCGGCGAGCUGAACGCGUGCUACAACGCCGUGGACAGGCACGUGGAGGCGGGCCGCGGCCACCACGUCGCGCUCGUGCACGACAGCCCCGUCACACGCACGCUGAGAAACGUCACCUACGCCGACCUGCUCGACAAGGUUUCAAGGCUGGCUGGUGCUCUAGCAACACUUGGAGUAAAGAAAGGGGAUCGUGUUCUCAUUUAUAUGCCUAUGAUUCCUGAGGCAAUUAUGGCAAUGUUAGCAACUGCUAGGCUGGGAGCUGUCCACUCUGUUGUCUUUGGAGGUUUUGCCGCACGAGAGCUUUGUGUUAGAAUAGAGCAUGCAGAGCCUAAAAUUAUUAUAGCUGCUAGCUGUGGAGUAGAACCCAACAAAGUAGUCAGAUACAAAGAAGCCCUGAAUGUGGCAGUAGCAACUUCUAGCUGGAAACCACAUCGUUGCAUCAUUUUCCAACGAUAUAAUGUUGCCAUAGCAGAUCUGGAUACUAAAUAUGAUAUUUCAUGGGAUGAUGCUCUUUUACUGGGUUCGCCUCACCCUUGUGUUCCAGUAGAGGCUAAUGAACCACUUUAUAUACUAUACACAUCAGGGACAACAGAUCAACCUAAAGGAAUUCUCCGUCCUGUUGGAGGCCAUAUUGCCACACUUGCAUGGACAAUGCCAACAAUAUAUGGAAUUGGAAUGGAUGAUGUUUGGUGGACAGCAUCUGACAUGGGAUGGGUGGUGGGUCAUUCAUAUAUUUGUUAUGCACCUCUAGUAUAUGGUGUCACAUCAGUGAUGUAUGAGGGAAAGCCUGAUCGUACACCAGACGCUGGCCAGUAUUUCAGGAUAAUACAACAACAUCGAGUAAAUUCUUUGCUUACUGCACCAACUGCGCUACGUGUAAUAAGGAGAGUUGAUCCUGAGAUACAACAUGGAAAGAGAUACUCAACUGAAUCGUUGAGAACGUUGUUUGUCGCUGGAGAGCACUGUGAUCAUGAAACCAAACAGUGGGCCGAGAAAGUCUUCCACGUACCAAUACUUAACCAUUGGUGGCAGACAGAAACUGGCCAUUCAAUAACUGCAACAUGUGUUGGAUAUGGUCAUAGUACAAAACCACCAAUGUACUCAGCGGGAAUGCCUUUUCCUGGGUUUGAUGUUCACAUUUUGCGGCAUGAUGGCACUGAGUCAGACAGGAAUGAACUGGGUCGCAUUGUGUGCAAGCUACCUUUACCGCCUGGUACAAUGUCCACCUUGUACAAAGCUGAUGACAGGUUCAAGCAAAUAUACUUCACCAAAUUUCCUGGUUAUUAUGACACCAUGGACGCUGGAUACAUUGAUGAAAAUGGCUAUGUGUAUGUAACAGCUCGCGAUGAUGAUGUAAUAAAUGUAGCAGGGCACAGGAUGUCCACUGCCGCUCUUGAAGAUGUGGUUCUCAGCCAUCCUGAUGUGGGAGAUGCUGCAGUUGUGGGUGUUCCAGAACCUACAAAAGGGGAGAUACCACUUUGUUUAUAUAUGAUAAGAUCAAAUGCAAGGAAAACUGAAGCAGAAAUAACAAAUGAACUAGUAAAGAUGGUCAGGGAACUUAUUGGUCCAAUUGCUGCCUUUCGUCUAGCUGCACCUGUAAGGGGACUUCCACGAACACGCUCUGGAAAGACAUCUCGAAAAUCAAUUGCAGAUUUAGCAAGAAAUAAGUUUGUGAAGAUACCAGGUACAAUUGAGGACCCAACUGUGUACAAAGAUAUCAAAAGAGCAUUACAGACCCUAGGUUACGCCAAAACAGCUCCUGAUCCUCAGUGAAUACAUUUCUCUUGUUGAUGCAGAAGAAGGUAUAACCAAAAAGAAAUUUAGAAAAACACUUAGAAGUCUCUUGGAAACAUACACUAGUUAGAAGUUACAUGGCAAAUGUAUCUCUACAACCUAAAAAUUAUAGAUAUGCUGUAGUGAAUUAUUCAGAUAGUAAUGAAGAUGAAGCAGAAAGUAAAAACAAGUAGACAUUUAAUUUAGAUCAGUCAUUACUUUCUACCUUAUGUGAACAGAAUAUACCUAAUGUUUGAUGAAAUUACUAAGAGACUUCUUUAAAAGUACAAACCUUGUAGACAUUCUUGUGUUUAAUACAUUCACAUGUAAUGACAAAUGUUCACCAAAAGGGGCUGUGGAACUCUAAAGUGCCACACUAACUAACAAAAUUAGCCACAGAAACAAGGUAUGAUGUACAAGUAACACAUUCUCUCAUUUGAUAGGUUUAUUAUAAAGUUGGAAUUACUGCUUUUACAUUGACAAUUAUAUGCAGUACCAGAAAAAAAUUAUGAUGUGCAGAAAAGUUGGAGAAAAAUUAUACAUUCGUUGGUCCCUUGACAUGAACAUUUAGUCUGCCAAUAUGACACAAUCAUAUAUCAGGUCCCAUAAUUAUCCAGUCAUGAAAAUGUGUAAUUGCUUCAUU